AUGAAGACUUCUGCUCUCGCUCUCCUCGCCGCCGUCAGCUAUGCUGUGGCCGACGAGGAUACCUGGCCGCACAAGCCUCCACCGGAGGACUGGAGCACCACCAUCCGGCUGCCCAAGCCCACCUGGCCUGCUCCUCCUCAGAAGUGGACCACGAGCACGGUCUACACCACGUCGACCAAGACCAUCACGAGCUGCAGCGCCAUCGUCACCAACUGCCCUGCUCACAGCACGGUCGUGACCACCGUCGUCAUCCCCGUGAGCACCACGGUCUGCCCCGUCACCGAGGUUCCGCCGCCUCCCCCCGCAACCGAGAUGCCUCCUCCACCGCCUGCCACCUCGGUCCCUGUGGCCAAGCCUCCUCCGGCAAGCCCUCCUGCGGCCAGCCCCCCGGCGGCCAGCCCACCACCCGCGGGCAUCAGCAUCGGCACUCCCGUGGCUCCUCCGCCGGCGCCGGCCACCUCUGAGGCUGUCGUGCCUCCGGCUCCCAAGCCGACCCCGCCCGUUGUUGUCGGCACCGUCACUCCUCAGGUCCCCAAGCCGACUCCCUCGGUUGUCAUCGCCGGUGCUUCCAACCUCAAGCGUACCGGUGCCGCUCUUGCCGCCGUCGCAGUUGCUGCCGCGCUCAUCUGA